CAGUGGGCUCCACAUUAUCAUCUUUGAUGAAAUAGACGCUAUUUGUAAGCAGAGAGGAAGCAUGGCAGGAAGCACCGGCGUCUAUGACACUUUGGUGAACCAACUGCUGUCCAAGGUAGAUGGUGUAGAGCAGCUCAAUAACAUUCUGGUGAUAGGUGAGAUGGACUGUAAGAGGGCACCAUCAACACUCGUGAUACAGGUAUUGUUUGAUGUUGACCACUUCUCGUCUCGCUCUUUCAAAGGGAUGACCAACAGGCCAGAUCUGAUUGAUGAGGCUCUUCACAAUGACUUGUGCAUUGAAGAUGAUCUUGUCUUGCUCCUAUUGGUCAUCAUGUUUACCUCCUGUAUUACCAUUUUUUACUUUAGGUUUACCUGAUGAGAGAGGUUGUGUCCAGAUCCUCAAUAUCCACACUGCUCGGAUGAGGGAGGACAAUUUUAUGACUUCAGAUGUAGAAAUAGGCGAACUGGCUACAGAAACCAAAAACUUCAGUGGUGCCGAGCUGGAGGGGCUGGUGAGGGCAGCGCAGUCCACUGCCAUGAACCGGCAUAUCAAGGCCACCACUAAAGUAGAAGUUAAUAUGGAGAAGGCCGAACAACUCCAGGUUACAAAAGUAGACUUUCUCACUUCUCUGGAAAAUAACAUCAAGCCUGUAAGUUGUCCUGCAGUCAACAUGGCCGCUUCUCAUACCCUAAAGAUGCCUGUGGAAAUAACAUCAAAGCUAGUCAAACCUGCCGAUUAUCUUAUUUAUCUUACCCAAUUAUGAAGGAGAUAAGUUUGUGCAAGAGUUGCAUAGAACCAUUUUAUUUCCCUCUCCCCAUACUCCUCUGAACAAACAUGCAUGUCUAUGGGGUUGGUGGACAGGAGGUAUAGUUAAUGUCCAAAUCAGCAUUUGGCCACCUUAAUUAAUUCCUAAUAAUGGACUUGUAUAGAAGGGUGCACAGAGGCACAUGACUUCUAUGUGGCUUCAUUAGACUCCAUAAUUCUAUUAUAGAAUCCUUUCUUCUUUACAAAGCAUGCUAGUUAUAUAUAGAAAGACUAUGCUAGUUAUAUCUUGAACAGUAUUAUUAAAUGGGGAGACCCUGUUACUCGCGUCUUGGAAGAUAGGGAGUGGCUAGUCCAACAAACCAAGAACAGUGAUCGCAUGUCCUACUGGAAGGUGGGUUCUAAAAGCUGUAUUUGGGCUGGUAUGAGAAGGAAAAGUUCAUUAAUGUCACAACAUCAUGUAAAGGUAGGAAGACAAUGUAAUAGAGCAGCAGGAAACGCUGCAGAAUGCUUGGAUGUAUAGGGAGAGGUAUAAGCAGUAGAAAGAGAGAAGUGCUCAUGCCGCUGUACAGAACACUGGUGAGGCCUCACAUGGAGUGUUGUGCGCAGUAAUGGAGGCCGUAUCUCCAGAAGGAUAUAGAUACUCUAGAGAGAGUUCAAAGAAGAGCUACUAAACUAGUACAUGGAUUGCAGGACAAAACUUACCAGGAAAGGUUAAAGGACCUUAACAUGUAUAGAGGGGAUAUGAUAGAGACUUUUAAAUACA